UGUAUCCAGUUGUUUAGCCGGUGAGUGUGUGUGCCCACUAACAGACUUCCUGCUUGAAAAUAAACUUCCAAUCCAAUCGAACCUCCCCACGCCCCGGUGCAAGACAGCAUGAAGUAUCGGUUCGCCCUGCUCACUGUGCUGGUGGCCGUCGCUCCACGUCCCAGUGCAACCUUGCCCGACUUUGCGGUACCGGCACGCAUGACCGGCGUCGCCAGCGGUAGCCUCGACUCGUCCGGUAAUGUGGUACAAAACACGGCCCGCGUCCUGAACCUGCUCGACCAAUUCCAAUCGAUCACCGAGACGCUGUACGGGCUGCAAACCCCGACGCUCUACCGGCUGGCGACGGGCCUGCGGGUCGUGCUGGACAGUCUGGUCGAGUCGGGCAGUCCCAUCUUCCAGGGCCUGUCGAAUGCGGCCCGCCUCUCCACCGGCAACAUUACGACCGUGUUCGACGGCAUUCGCCGCAGCAUCAAUGGUACGAUCGCGCUGCACGAGCUGCACCAGUCGGCUCUCAACGGGACGGUGCUGCUGCUCGGUACGGGCGGUGUGCACAACAUUAGCACCGUGCUGGACCAACUGGUGCGUAAUGUGGCCAACCUGACCGGUGCGCUGGACGAGAUCGAGCCGGCCAUCGUCGCCAUCCAGGAGCAGGAGCUGUCCCGACCGACCCAGGCACAGGUGGAUGGGCGGUAUCCGCGCGUCGCCAUACGCAGGCUGAACGGCAUACUGCUCGACUACGUCAACAUUGGGCAGGCCACGGUACCACAAAUCAACGCCGUUGUCAAUCGCAUCCGCAUGAUGGAUGGUUUCAUCGGCCGACUAGCCGCGGUGACGGAUGGACUGUGGAGCGACCUGAACCGCACACUGACCGCCGUCAACGGGAGUGUCUACGCGGGAGUACAGCAACGACUGCACACCAUCGUCCGCACGAUUCGCAACAAUUUCAAUGCAACCGUGCUCGGGUCGGCAAGAAAGUUGAAGCUCUUCUUUCUGGACGAUCUGGAGGAGAUGCAGCUGGUGGCACGCAAUGCGAGUGCGCUGCUUGCCAAACGUCUCACCAACGUCACCGGGGCGUUGGAUGAGCUGGUCAACCGCACCGAGGUGCGGCUGGAAGGCUUCGAGUCGGAGCUGGUGCUGAAUCGAACCAUUGCCGCCGUCACGGAUCUGGCCUGGAGGUUAGCGCUGUCCGUUACCUCGUCCGUGCCGGGCGCGGACAUUUGCUACGCCCGGUACAACUACGAGUUCGACAAGAUACCGCGGCUUAUCUACGGUUCGCUCGUGGCCUGUGGCCAGGGUGAGGCACGAACGCUGCAGACCGUUGGAGGUGGUUUGAGUGGUGCGCUUUCCCUCACCCAGGCACAGCUGGACGCGGAGACGAGUAAUUACGAGCAGUGUAUGGGCGGACUGGUGCCCGGUUCGUCGGAUGUGUUGAAGCGCCAGCGCAUCGUUUGUCUGCGGGGUGCCGAGCGGUUCUCGGGCGUGCUGGGUGACGCCGUGGUCGCUGCACAAUUGAGCGCGUUCCAGGCGCUACUGCAGAAGGAGAUGAGCUACAGUGCCGAACGACAUCAUCAGUGUGUUCGGACGAGCGGUCACUUGAUGGUUGCCGAAGUGAAGCGCCUGUGGAGUUCGAUUGCCAACUGUUUGAGUUAGGAGCAUAAUGAAUGGCGAGCUACGGCAGCUUAAAAAUGAA